UAGGCACAAGGCAAGACAAGGACCGGAGGCGAGAACCCGUCCAUUGUGGCGAAUGAUGCCGCGGGCGACUCAGCGCCGCCGAAUUCGCUAGUCUCAGGUCGAGUCGCCGGGGCGUCAGGAGACAAGCACCGGCGCCCCGCGCGCCAACUGUCCGUCCUUCCUGGUGAGUUGACGUUUUGAGCCACGCUGCAGAACUCUGCACUGGAGUGAUUGAGCGCGGCAUUUAUGUCAAUCUGGUUUUUCCACGUGUAUUCCAGAAGCUUGCCCUGAGAAAUACAGAUACACUGUCACUUUUGAAUCGAUGUUUUCUGUGUUACGUAACCGCAACAUGAGACACGGUCCCUCGAUUGGAUCGUCAUCAUGUCUUAUCUGGCUAGCUGCCGCAUUCUUUGUUUCGGCACUUGGCCACGUACAGCAAGGCGCUGGCGUUGUGCGGCCUCGCCACUGGCAGAACUCGGAAGCCGCUGUUAGUGUCCGGUCGCCGGGAGGCGCGUCCCCUAGACCUUUCCACAGCCCAAUUGAGCCAGUAGCAUUUAUUGAUGGGGAGCACGAUGAAGACAAGCAUGAAGGCUCAUGGUUGGAGCAGGAAGCGGCCGAGGAUGUGACCCCUUUACCGGACAGCCACACAGAGGCCCAGACACAGUCCCCCAGUGCUUUUAGAAGGUUAACCAGGCGUUUGCGUUUUUGGCGACGUGGGGUGACAGGCGGAUCAGAUGCUGGAGAAGAGGCGCCUCAGACGCCUCGACCUUCACUACGUACACGAAUACUUCAGUACUUGCGGCGUGUGGGAACAUUUUUCAGACGAGACAUUCCAGCGGCAGCACUUCGAUUCUUCAGGCGCUUUCGACGAGUCCGCCAACCUGUAUUCCCUCCCGACGAGUUUCCGGAGGAUGUCGACACGAACCCUAUUUAUUUCCGUGGUACGGAUCCUGGAGACGUUGUCAUUGAGGAGCUGUUCAAUCGUAUACCGCAAGCAAACGUACGGACUACAAGUGAAUACAUGCAGUCCGCAGCUGACAGUCUAGUGUCCACAUCGUUGUGGAAUACUGGACAGCCCUUCCGCGUAGAGUCGGAGCUUGGCGAGCGUCCAAGGACGCUAGUCAGGGGCACAGUGCUCGGCCAGGAAGACCCUUAUGCAUAUCUCGAGGCGACCGACCAGGAGACAGGAGAAUCAUUUGAGGUGCACGUUCCAUAUUUCACGGAACGGCCGCCUUCCAACGCGAUCAAGCAGAUGAAGGAGGAGGUGCUGCGCCUACGCUUGCUACGAGGCAUCAAAAACCAGAAGCAAGCCAAGGUGCAUCUCAGAUUUAUAUUCCCCUUCGAUUUGGUGAAGGACCCACAGAAAAAGAAGAUGAUCCGGGUUCGCUUAGAUGAGAGGGAUAUGUGGGUCUUGAGCAGAUUCUUUCUGUAUCCCCGAAUGCAGAGUAACCUUCAGACGUUUGGAGAAGUCCUACUGAGUCAUUCCUCAACACACAAGUCCCUCGUGCACCACGCUCGGUUGCAGCUCACGCUUCAGGUCAUAAGGCUGCUUGCGAGUCUCCAUCACUAUGGCCUUGUGCAUACCUAUUUGAGGCCCGUCGACAUCGUCUUGGACCAGCGUGGUGGCGUGUUUUUGACCGGCUUUGAACAUCUGGUGCGAGACGGUGCCAGGGUGGUGUCGUCCGUCAGUCGAGGAUUCGAACCGCCGGAGCUUGAAGCCAGACGAGCAACCAUAUCUUACCACAGGGACCGCAGGACGCUGAUGACAUUUUCGUUUGAUGCAUGGGCAUUGGGGUUGGUGAUCUACUGGAUUUGGUGCGCCGAUUUGCCCAUUACCAAGGACGCGGCGCUAGGCGGAAGUGAAUGGAUCUUUCGAAGCUGCAAGAAUAUCCCACAGCCAGUCAGAGCUUUGCUUGAGGGAUUCUUGCGAUACCCGAAAGAGGAUCGGCUCCUCCCAUUGCAAGCCAUGGAAACUCCUGAGUACGAGCAACUGCGCACAGAGCUAUCAGCCGUUUUGCCCCUGUAUCAAACUGAUGGAGAACCGGCAUGAGAGGGUGGCCCGCCGCCAUCGGGAACAUCUCAGCCGGACGAAGCUGGAGCCGCUGAGGCGGUUACGGCAAUCUAGAACCUCGAGGAGGGGCCAGCGAUGAGCUUGAAUUCAAUGGCGCUUCACUUGCUGGUACAGAAACGUAAUUAGCUUGGUGUCCGUUCGGCUGCUCGAUUCGAAUGUUUUUUCUGGAGGCGGUGCUGCACGUUAUGGAGGUGGUUGGGAGACAGGUGAAGAAGAUGUGCAUGUGGUUGGCUAAAAAGCGUGCAGCUUACGUGGUUGAAACUUUGUCUGCCGGUGCUCCGCAUUUGCCGACAGUCUCGUUGGUGAUGUCUCUGGAGGACGAUUUGCCUUUCCAGGGCGGCCCCUCCAGGACAUAUUUUAGAAAGGGUCCUUCGCCGGAGCCCUCGUUUUUUUCGUGUCUGAGCGACCUUCACUCAUGUGAGUGCUGAAAGCAUGAAACGACGACGACCUUCCCGCGUGUCAGGCGACACCAUUGAGAGUUGUGUUCUAGGAAGCACAGUGAACAAGUAAGUAGUAUAGGAGACAACCGGCGAAGCUGCACCCACGGAAGCACCGAGUCGAGGACUCGCUUUGGCGUUCCUGGAC